AUGUCUGUUGCCCUCGAGCUAGAAGCGGUGCGAAAUGAUGGACUCUCCCUUGUACAGAUUGCCCAGAAUCUUCAGCUCACGCGCUGGAUGAAUGCCGUCGCAAUCUCCUUACUAAUCUAUGACACCUCGCUGAUUUUCGGUGACGAAGUGCAACUGUUCUGGCCAAAGCGGUGGAGUGUCAUCAAACUGUUCUACUAUCUAAACCGGGCAUUAUGCGCGGUGUUUACGCUCAUUAAUGCUCAGCAGUUCAUUAGCAGUAGGACAAUGUCGGAUAGAUUCUGCACGUAUAGCCUCAUAGGCGUUGGCUAUGCUACAUUCCUUUCAUUUGCAAUGUGCAACUGGAUGCUUCUCGCGCGCACUCGAGCACUUCUUGGGCAUAGCCGCCCCACGUUCAACACUCUCCUUGUUAUCUACUUCUUCUUAUCCUACGCCAUUACUGGUGUACUUGUCGCUAUCACCUCCCACGAAUUCCGCACCAAAAUUUUCUUCUCGCCGACAAUGCACAUCUGUUCCUCUUCCAUUCAUCCGAAGACGAUGGGGUUUAUCUGGGUACCUCCAAUGCUCUUUGAGGCCACAAUAUUCGUUGUCACGACCAUCAAACUCUAUGACAAGACGAGGCACAGCAGGGGCUUUGGCACCUACCUGUUCUCCAUCCUCUUCCGCGACGGCGUAUGCUACUACGUCUCCAUCCUCCUGUUCCGGACGUGGAACCUCGUUGCUUGGAACAUGAGACCCAUAUCAUUUACCUUUACUGGCGUCUUCAUCCUCUGGGUCAUCAUGUCCAUCGCAUGCUCCCGACUACAGCUCAACCUGCUCAGAGCUGCCAACUACCAAAGCGAGACAUGUGGUACUGGCGGAGUGAUAAGCGGAGGGGCGUCAAACACGAGGAGUCGCGAUGUACCGAUAUUUGGACGGCGAGCAAGUGGUAGCCGAUGGCUUCAACGGCCCAGAAAUCCGAGACUGACAUUGGAUGAUGCGAGUGAGAAGAAACAAUCUAUACUCAACACCGUUUUCCAGCAGUCGGUUUCGGCAGUACGUUCGUUGGGUAAAAGAACGAAGCCACAGGAUGUUGAAAUCACAGUGCUAACCGAGGUCGUCCUGCAACGAGAUGAUCUAGGUGUUAAUGCUCGACGAUAUUCUUAG